GGCGCAACAAUAUCAUCAUUAUAUAAGGAAGUUGAUUUAUGUUCCAUUGAUGUUAAUUUCAGGACAGCGAACUACAAGUGAGUCUUUAUUUCCGCUUGCAUCUUCUACUUGUCUUCACUGUUCAUUCUUAUCUACUUUUUUGAAUCCGUCAAAUCAACAAAAGACUCUGAAAAUGCUUCUCAGACUUUCUCUCUUUGCUUUGUGCACCCUAGUACAAUCACUUCCCUCGAAGUCGCACACAGUUAAGCAAGUCGACGAUGGUACUAUUCAGUCAAUGGCCAUUUUCGACGCUGCCAACACUCUCCUAGGCCUUCUCACCGCGGAGCAGAAUGCAUCAUUGGUGUACCCUUACGAAGCAGCAGGGAACGCAACUCCCAUUUACUUCGGAUCCUCCACCACCGGCUCUAUUGCCGGUGAGCAGUUCGGUCAGUCGGUGUGGACCAACUACCCCGUCGGCAUCGUGGAUCGCAUUGGUUUGGCCCGGGACAACUUCACGGACACGCAAGAAGAAGCGGUCUUAAACCUGCUACGCGUCAUGUUUAGUGAAGAUGGUUACAACAAGGUUCAGGAGAUCAUGAACGCCGACCAAGUCGAGGAGGACCGUGGUGUGGACUAUGAAGCUGGGUUGGGAAGUUACACGCUAGGCUUUUUCGGGGAGCCUAGUUUGACGUCUCUUUGGAUGAUUCAGUUCGGCGGGCAUCAUCUUGGGAUAAACAUGGCCAUGUACGGUAGUAAGGCUGUCAUUGCUCCACUGUUGACCGGCUGCUUGCCAGCCAUCAACAACGUCACGAACCGCGUGCUGGCCGCAGAGAAUGACAUCGCAUUUUCUCUAGUCGGGUCUCUCGACGAUAGCCUUUUUGCAAAAGCUAACAUAACUCACGAUGUGAGCACCCUCACUCUUGGACCUGGUCACGAUGGCGAAGAGUACAUCACAGAAGGUGUCAACGUGGGACUUUUCACCAAAGCUCAGCAAGCACUGGUUGUCGACCUCGUAUCUGAAUGGGCUGGCCUUCUCAACUCAGUCCACUAUGCGCCCCGCUUGGCUGAGAUUAAAGCUGGUCUGAACGAAACUUACUUUGCAUGGAGCGGUCCCACCACAAAAGAGGAUAACCAGAACGGCAAGUCCUAUUUCCGCAUCAAAGGCCCAAAUCUUUGGGUGGAAUACGCACCACAAACCAAUGAUGAAUACGGGGAUCUGAGGCUUCAUGCACACACUAUUUAUCGAGAUCAAUUGAGAGGUUACGGACGCACACUGGAAGAAUAAGCUGUUGUUCACAGGACUCAACAUUAUGUUCAUGAAUAAGUGACAACUGUCUAACUAUUAUUCUAAGAAAACUUUUGGUGUAUACUAUUAAAUAGUUGUGAUAUCAAUUGACAGAGGGUAAAAAUAUAUACUACGACCUAAAAUUAGAUGAAAUAUCA